CUCGUCGCUCCGGGCGCCCGGUAAAGCUCGUGCCGGCGGGAGGGGGGGGCGCAGGCGCCUCUACCGGGCUCUUCCGCCUCAGGGAUUAGGGAAGCCCGCCCCCCAAGGGCAGCUGCCCGCCAGGGCUUUCCGAGCCGGGCUCAGCGCGGGUCGCCAGCGCGAGGCACCGCAGGCCACCCCGCCGCGGCGCCCGGGAGCGCUUUGCUCCGAGCCCGCCCCGGCGCCUCCAGCCCCCGCGCACGUGCUGGCGGCGCCGCCCGGCCGGGAGGAGCUGCCGCUGCAGCCGAGCUCGCCGCCGGCUCCGGGCAGCAGCUGCCGCCGCGUGCAGGGGGCUGGGCGGCGGCUCCGCGCGGAGCGGCAGUAGGAUGCUUCCCGCCGACAUGCAGGCGCCCGAGCUGGCUCCGCAGAUAGAAACAGGUGACACAACAGCCCUGGUUUGUAAGCCCAGGAAGAAAGGAGGAAACAGCAAUCUACCAUCAGCUGGUUUUAAUAUUAUCAACUCUAUCAUAGGAUCGGGCAUAAUAGGAUUGCCUUAUUCAAUGAAGCAAGCUGGCUUUCCAUUAGGAAUAUUACUUUUAUUUGGUGUUGCCUAUAUCACAGAUUAUUCCAUUAUAUUACUGAUUAAAGCAGGAAAUCUCUCUGGUAUGAACACCUAUCAAGCACUGGUACAUAAAACAUAUGGUUUUAUAGGGUACCUAAUCCUCUCUACUCUGCAAUUUUUAUAUCCAUUUAUUGCUAUGAUUAGUUACAACAUAACAACAGGAGACACUUUGACUAAAGUUUUUCAAAGAAUACCUGGAGUUGGACCAGAUAACUGGCUUAUUGACCGUCACUUUGUUAUUCUGUGUACUACUAUCAUCUUUACUCUGCCUAUAUCUCUGUAUCGUGACAUAGCAAAACUGGGAAAGGUCUCUCUUAUAUCUCUGAUAUUAACAAUUGUCAUCUUGGUCAUUGUGAUGAUACGGGCAGUUACAUUUAGUUCACAAGUACCCCAAACAGAGAAUGCUUGGGUAUUUGCAAAGUCUAAUGCAGUACAAGCCAUUGGGGUGAUGUCCUUUGCAUUCAUUUGCCACCAUAACAGCUUUUUAAUAUAUGGCUCUUUGGAAGAACCCACUCUAAGUAACUGGUCUCGCAUCACACAUGUGUCUGUCUCACUUGCUGUGUCUAUCAGCAUGAUGUUUGCUGCAUGUGGAUAUGUGACAUUUAAAGGAUACACAGAAGGGGACCUAUUUGAAAACUACUGUAGAGAUGAUGACCUUGCUACAUUUGGAAGAUUUUGUUAUGGAGUCACUGUAAUCCUAACUUUCCCAAUUGAAUGUUUUGUGACCCGAGAGGUCAUUGCUAAUGUGUUUUUCAAAGGGAAUCUAACAACAGUUUUCCACGUUGUUGUGACAGUAAUCAUUGUUGCUGUAGCCACAGGCAUCUCUUUAGUAUACGAUUGUCUUGGAAUAGUUCUAGAGCUGAAUGGUGUUCUCAGUGCUACUCCACUUAUUUUCAUCAUCCCUACAGCGUGUUAUCUGAAGCUGUCUGAAGAGCGUUGGAACCAUUCAGAUAGUCUCAUAUCCUGCCUGAUUCUCACUGUUGGUGUAUUAGUGAUGACAGUUGGCUUCGUUUUGACUAUUUUGCAUCCCCAAGAAUGUAGCCAUGGAAAAGAAAUGUUCUACUGUUUCCCUAGCAAUAUCUCUCUUUACAAUAGUACACUUCCACCUUAGCCAGUAUCCUAACCAUGAGGAUAUACUACCUGUCUCCUGUGAACCCAAUGAUAAUUUAAAUAUGACAGGAACAGAGUGUUCUUACAUUUUCACAUGAACAAAAAUAUUAAACUGUACAAUGUAUAUGUACACAUUUUGUUUAAUGCUAUAUCCUUCUCCAGAUAGGAAUUCAGCUUUAAUUUUUAAGGCUGAAAUGCUUUAAGGUUCAUUGCCUCAGACCAGACUGUUCAGUCGAGUCUUGUUAUAUUGCAUGACUGAUUUGGAAACCCAUUGCGAAGGACUACAUUUUGCAAAUUAGUAAGUCAGGAAACAAACACUAAUAAGAAGCUUGGAGCAAGCAUCUCAGAAUGGACUUUUUCCCCUCAUUUAAGUGUAAUUUAGUUUUAAUUAUUUUAUAAAGCCUUACAGAACAUUUUACUAGCAUCUAAUAGUAUAUUGAAAGAUUUGACCAUACCAUUCUGCUGUUAUGUUUUUGCAAAGAAUUUGAGGUAACCCUGUGAAUUCUACCUGUGAAUUGUAGAAUAAGCAGCUUAGAAUAAAAAUUGCACCCCCCUCACCAAUUGCCGGGUGAGGGGGGAAGAGUCAUGCACCAACAGACUCUCAAACAUGGGAUUUGGUGGUGCAGAGACCUUGACUUGGUUUCUUUAUGAUGGCAAUUUUACACAAAGAACUGUGAAUGACAAGAUUCCACUGUAAGAGUUGUAUGCUUUAGGGUUUUUUUUUAUAAAAACAUGAAUAAAAAUAGCAUUAGUGUC